ACGUUGUAUUUUAACGUGUUACAACUUAACGUCAACUUACUGUUAUCUUUCGAGAAAUACAUAAUUAUUUUUUAUUGAUUCAUAUUAAAUGAUAUAUGUGACUGUCAUCGUUUUUGAGUUUGAUAAAAUUGUGUGAUCAUUUUUCUUUGUAACGGUUGUUUUAACAUGUGUAUGUCAAAAAUGUGAAGACCCUAAGGAAGGUUUUAUCAGUCUCAUGGAGUGAUUUAUAUAAAAAAUAAGUGUUCUGAAAGUGAUCUGUUUUGUUUUGUGUGUAAAUUAUUUUAAUUCAACUUCGAAAUGGUGGAUAUAAGUUCAAUUAUCGAAGGGACCGUUAAGUUUCGAGAUGGCAAAAAGUGGAAAUCGAGAUGGUGCGUCAUGAGGAAAUUGUCUCCAGUAGCAGAUUGUCUUCACCUGCAAUUGUAUCGCGAUUCAAAAGAUCGUUACAAACAAGGACAGACCAAAGCAUCAUUGUCGUUACAGCAUUUUCUUGGUGCCGAAACUGGAUUCACAUUAGACAAAGAAUCAAAUACCGUUGCCAUCAUUUGCCAAGAUGUUAUAGUGGUUUUAGCAUUCGACACACGCGAAAGACUUAUACAAUGGCAGGUAAAGAUAGCAGGUCAUCUUGGAGAGGAUCAACAGUAUCUCGUUUUAGUAUCGUCUGCACCAUCAAAAGCGAAAGUGACCUCUGGUCCAGCACGAAUGCACGUUCAAGAUGGAAGAUUUUGCCUCACAACUGGAGUCCCACCUAAACUAGCAGGCCUAUGGGAAAUCGGUAAUCUAAGACGGUACGGUGUCGUGGACGGUCGUUUUUGUUUUGAAGGAGGAUCACUUUGCGGUAAAGGUGAAGGUUUAUAUAUAUUACUUACCGAUCAAGGUGAAGAUAUUACCCAGGCAUUGAAAAUGGCAGCUCAAGGAAAGCUUACAACCCGUAGACGUGCAACGAUGUCUCGAAAAUUAGCAGGCUUGGAAAGUCCUCGUAAAACUUCGGUCGGCCAUAGUACAUUGAGAUGUCAAGAUGAGUCUUGCACAUGCGCCUCAAAUAGUGGAUCUCCAUCAUAUUGGCCUUCACAAGAAUCUCAAGGUUUGCCUACGAUGAUGCAACAUCAUCCACAGCAUCAUGACCUAGAUUGCAAUUAUGGUUGUGGUGACACAGUUUCUGUAAGCGAUAUGCAGGAUUCUGGCGGUUUGCAUAAUGAAACAUGGGCAUGCGGUGACACCGAUCGCAACAUAAGUGGCAUGAUGGGAGGCAACAUUGGUUUGGAACGUUGUAUGAGCUGUAUCAGUAAAUUAGGAGCUCCUACGAUGUCUAGAUCAUCGACGGUUACAACAAGUGGUGGUGCGACACCUGGUGGUGAUACGGCAUUCAGUCCAGGAUGGGGCGAACGAGCCGCUCAACAACAACAUGCAAUUCAACAGCAACAACAACUACAAAUGAACCGUCAACAGCAAUUGUUAAUUCCACAAAAUCCAGGAGAUAGGUCAUCACUUUGUUCUCAUGGUAGCAGUAGUUGCAAUAGCGAAUAUUCUGUACCUCGGUGCACGAACACGGUCUGUCAGCAAAGCGGAAAUGACACAUCGUCUUCAUGGUAUGAAAGGAUACCUGCUCCAUCAUCUGUAGCUGGCGUUUCUCCGAUUCCAAAACCUUGUCAGUGUGGCUGUCAACCGCCAUCCCGGCCUCCAAAACCCGCCCAAAUGUCGCAAAAUACACAAAAUACUACGAAUAUUAAUUCACCAACAAGACGGCCUAAACCUCCUAUGCCGCUUCCUAUAGUGCCAGUCCAGCUUAAACCAGUAAAAUCAGGUGAUAAUUGCUCUUGUCGAGUAAUUGCUUCUGCUACAAAUAAUCCAAAAGUUGGGCCUUACGAAAACUACGAUACACCAAAAAUUCCUGUACCAGUCGAAUCGAAAACUCCAGAUGCCAAGACACCAGAUCCUCAACGAAAUACUACUUUUGAAGAUGAAUAUUACGACACUCCUAAACGCCUAAAGGAAAGCCUCGCAGCAUCUGCUGGCAAUACGUGUGAAAGUCCUGAUCAAUUUGGAAAUUAUGAUACACCUCCUUCUCUUAUGAUGGGUGGCACUUGUUUGCUGAAAAUUACUAAGAUGAAUGAAAAUACUCAAGAGGAAACUAUUAGGGUAGCGGGUGGAGCUGAAUGUCCUUGUCAACGCGUAAUGAGUUGGGCCGAUAAUUGGAUUCCACUAGGAUAUUGCCGUAGAGGAUAUGGCAUGGAAAAUACUGCACUCAACUACCGACUAAAAGUUAACGGGGAAGGUCGGAUGCCAUUAGUUAUUACUCAGCCUUGUGCUGAUUCAGCUAUUUAUGCAACAGUAGACAAAUCGAAAAAAAUGAAUCGACGAAAUACAGUGGAUUGUGCCUGUUCCUCAUCUGAAAUAGAAAAGGAUAUUGCAUCUAAUUAUGAAAAUAUUGAACCUGUUUGUAUGUCAAGUAAUAACAAUAAGAAUGUUGAAAGAAAUCAAUCUUCUGAUAAUGCUAACUAUGCCAACAUAGAAUUUGCCCAAUCACUUGAGCACUACGAAAAUGCUAAAGGCGUUCUAAGGAAAGCUGGCAUUACUUCUGAGGAAUUGCAAGCAUUGCAAAAUGAGAUUGUUUGUAAUAAAUGCGGCCAUGCCAAAGAAGAAGUGAACGAAUCCAACGGAGUAGCUGAGGAAGAGUCUGUGCAAUCGACAAAUAUAACUACUGGCGAUGAUUAUCUUAUGAUGGAACCAAGUAGCAGGAUAAACCAUGGAAAGAAAAAUGCAGGUUUUCCUGGUUAUAUUCCCAUGUCACCUGCUCAAGGUUUCACAACUAAAACAGAAUUGUUAAAGCAGCGAGUCUGUAGACUAAUGUCUGGUGAAAAAUCAGCUAGUAAUCCGGCGUUGACGGCGGUUGGUCCAGCUGUAGAUCGGAGCAGAAAAAGAGCAGAGUCAGAAAUGAGAGUGCCAGGUUCCGCAAUGAUGCUGCAUCAAGUAUAUUCACGACGGCAACUUAUGGAUUCUGGCGAUUCCUUAGUUACUAAGCCAUCUAUCACUGGCCAACUAGCUCGAAAAAGAUCUAGCUCUGCGGAUUCAUCAAGGUAUUUAGAAGAUGUCGAGGAAUUUAGCGGAGCAAAUUCUUCACUAAGCUCACCUUCAUCUGAAACUCUUAGAAAAAGUUCUAUACAUUCACUUAUAUCUCACGAAGAGGAUGAUGGAAGAAGGUCUAGUUCACCUUGCCUUUUACAUAGGGAGAUUGAGUUACCUUGCUGUCCAGAAGCUGCAAAAGCUUCUGAUGAGACUGUUAAUAUUCGAAGAUCAUCCAGCGUGCCCUGUAAAUCUGGCCAGAAUCGAGAUUCUUCUAGUUCCAACGAUUCAGGCGUAUCAACGGGGUCACUAAAACAGCGAGAAUACGAAUUGGAGACAGCGGCAUCACCAACGACGGGUCGACGGAGACGGUUACUUGGAAAUACUGGACAAGCGUCAGUAAGAGCAGGAAGCGUGAGGGGUGUUGGCAAUUCAAGUUCGAACUCUAAUCAGCCUCCCAGAAGAUCCAGAUCUUUCGAUCCGCUUGGCGAAACGGGAUUGCAAUUGGAACAACAGCAGACCAAGUCUUCAUCUGCUGAAGCUGAAAUUCCAAUAUGCACUACGAAGGGUGUUAAAGGUUACGGUAAUAGCGGCGAUGGCAGCGCUCUGGGGCCACCUUAUAUGGAUUCAAGGAGUACGUCUAGCGGUACCUCAGAUAUGUCGGACUAUAUUGAAACUUUGUCAUUAUCUUCUCAUAGCUCUUCUGAUGCACCUGACAGUUUAAGGAUGCAACCGGCAGGUCAAUUCGGUCGUCAAGCAACAACGACGCUGCGACCUCGUUCAGGAAAGGAAUACCAGAACAUCGAUCGUGCGGCUCUGAUAUCAUCGGGCGGAGCAGGCGGCUCGUAUGCUGGCAUCGCCCCUGUGCUAGAAAGCCCGCGUGAAUCACCAAGCCCUGGUUACAUGAGCGGAUCAUCGCCCACCAACGACACGCCGAUUGCUGGCACUCCUACCAACACUGCCUAUAAGAUCAAAUCGGUCAUUUCUCAGCAGCCUAUUCAGUAAAGAAUUAAAUAUUGUAGAUGUAACUGAUUAACAUUAAUUUUGUGUUGCAAGAAAAGAG